GGCUGGCCUCGAACACCACCAGCCUGAACCGGGCUUCCGGUCAGGUGCGAUCAGUGGGCUACGCUUUCCCCACGACCCCGCCCACUCCUGUCCCAGGCCCGCCCACCCCGCAACCUCUCCCUUAAGUGGGCCAGCUGCUCCCUACUUCCCAGCCGGCGCCGGGAACUCGGGUCGCGGCAAACUUCAGAAGCGGGCGGCGCGGGGGUGCGCCCUCUGCGCGUGCGCACGCCGGCUCUCAGCCCCCUUCGCCCCGUCCCCUGCGCCGGGACUUGGUACGGCCGGGACGGCGGUUGGCGUCCUCUUGGGCAACCAGGGGCGGGCUUUUCAAACCUUAUCUUCGGAGUUGUGCCGGCGGCCCUAGCUGUGGCGCUGGAGAUGGAGAGGCACAACCUGAGGGGACACGAGCUCCGCGCGGCGGGGCUUGCGGCCCAGCAGGACUGCAGCAUUCAAGAAAAAAUAGAUUUGGAAAUUCGAAUACGAGAAGGAAUAUGGAAACUCCUUUCUUUGAGUACUCAAAAAGGCCAGAUUUUGCAGGCAGUUAAGAAUCUUAUGGUGUGCAAUGCUCGAAUAAUGGCUUACACAUUGGAGCUGCAGAAGUUAGAAGAGCAGAUUGCAAAUCAAGCUGGAAAAUGUGAGGAGAAUUUUGAAAGUAAAGAACGGACAGCUUGUAGAGGAAAGAUUGCCAUAUCAGAUGUUCGUAUACCACUAAUGUGGAAAGACUCUGAUCACUUCAGCAAUAAAGAACGAUCACAGCACUAUGCCAUUUUUUGUUUAUUCAAAAUGGGAGCUGAAGUUUUUGAUACUGAGAUGGUAAUUGUGGAUAAAACAAUCACAGAUAUAUGUUUUGAAAAUGUGACCAUAUUUAAUGAAGCAGGGCCAGACUUUCAGAUAAAGGUGGAAGUAUAUAGUUGCUGUGCAGAAGAAUCUUCUAUAACUAACACAUCAAAAAAAUUAGCUAAGAAACUGAAAACAUCUAUAAGCAAAGCUACAGGGAAAAAAAUCAGUUCAGUGCUUCAAGAAGAUCAUGAAAUGUGCUUGUCCUUCAGUUCUGCUAUUUAUGGUGCAAAGUACAAUUUGCUAGCUCAUACUACCCUGAGCUUGGAAAGCGCUGAGGAUAGCUUCAAGACUCAUAAUCUCUCUGUUAAUGGGAAUGAAGAAUCUUCAUUUUGGCUUCCCUUAUAUGGUAACAUGUGCUGCCGACUAGUCGCCCAACCAACCUGUAUGGCUGAGAAUGUAUUUGCGGGAUUUCUUAAUAAGCAGCAAAUGGUAGGAGGUCUGAUUCAUUGGAGAAGGUUGUAUUGUGUUUUAAGAGGGGGCAAACUCUAUUGUUUUUACACUCCAGAGGAAAUUGAAGCUAAAGUGGAACCAGCUUUGAUAGUGUCUAUUAACAAGGAAACCAGAAUUCGGGCAGUGGAUAAGGAUAAAACGAAAAGAAUUCAUAAUUUCUCUGUCAUCAACCCUGUUGCUGGACAGGCUGUAACUCAUAUAUUUUCAGCUGACAAUAGAGAAGAUCUUCAGAAGUGGAUGGAAGCCUUCUGGCAGCAUUUCUUUGAUCUUAGCCAAUGGAAGCAUUGUUGUGAAGAACUUAUGAAAAUUGAGAUUAUGUCACCACGGAAACCACCUUUGUUCUUGACAAAAGAGGCAACCUCAGUCUACCAUGAUAUGAGCAUUGAUUCACCUAUGAAACUUGAAAGUUUAACUGGUAUAAUACAAAAAAAAAUUGGCCAGCAUGAAGAAGCCUCACCUCCUUCUUGGGCCACACUCUUUGAUGGUAAUCACCAAGUUGUCAUCAAGAAAAAGGUAUUAUCUCCUGCAAGCAAGCAGUUAUAUGAAGAGAAAGGGAAAAAGAGACGAGCUCCCCUUCCUCCUUCUGAUAAAGCUCCAUUCAACUUAAAAACACAGAGCAACAAAAAUCAAUUGGUUCAGGGCAACUGGGAAAAAACAAGUGUAUCUCAGACCUUGCCUUUGGAUACCAAACUGUCAACCCCAAUGCAUCACUUACAGAAACCAGUGGCUGCUCCUCGAAAACUUCUUCCUGCCAGGAAAAGUAGUUUAACUGGUGGUGAACACACAGAUACUAAAACCAAUAUUGAAGCCAAGCCAGUACCAGCUCCGAGGCAGAAAUCUAUCAAAGACAUUUUGGACCCUAGAUCAUGGUGGCGGACACAAGUAUAGAAAACCCUUAAUGUAUAAAACAUUUAAAAAAUCUAUAACUGUGAAGCUUAAUUCAGAAGCCCUGUAGAUAUAGUAAUAUGUAAUUAUGUAGUAAAUAUGAUAGUGAUUUAUAUCAAUAAUUAGUAGGUAUAAAAUAUUUUAUAAUGAAGAAAUGGAUUUCUCUUUUGUGAUUUUCAGAAUUGAAGUUAUUUCUCUAGCAGAGCAUAAAAGGCAGUUUCUAGACAAUAUCUCAGUUGUUGGAAGGGUUAAUUUAUUCCUAAAUUAGUACUAGGCGGUGAACAAGCACUAGGCAGAAGAAAGCAUUAACAUUUCUUUGGGGAGAGAUUGUCUAGUAAUUUAAAAUGUGUUAAAUAAGAGCCAUAUUCUCAUUGUGAGAAUUUUAAUACUAAUGGAAUGUUUCAAAAGUUUUAUUCAAACCACAAAUUAUAGAAUCCACCCAAGAAGAUUUCUUCUUAGCAUUCUGGAAUUCUCAUCUAAUAGUCCACUGGCUCUCAUCUAUUGUUUUAUUCACUAGUUAACUCACUGACCUUUCAAAUUCCUGGGAUAAAUUUUGGAAUAUUAAAUUCUUCGUCUUUAAAGGGAAUAUGUAAUGUGUUAUUCAAAGUUGUUUCCUUGAUGAUCCCUGAAAUCCUGUUGACAUUACCUUUCAUAUGUAAAGCAAAAUAUUUUUAAGUUUAGGUAACAGGUAGAUGAAAUGUUCUUCACUUUCACUUUUCUAUGCAUGGUAUUAAUUUCCAUUGUGACAUUAGCAUUUGGAGAAAUGGGUAGCUGUUAACACCUUAAAAUUCAUUUAAUACUUAUUUAAAAAGCAGAUGAUCUAUUAAAAAUAUCAGAAAAUUUGGCCAUGAUAAUUUCAGAAUUAAUCCUUCUAAAAAUAUUAUUUAGAUUUCCUUUUUCUAGUAGGGGUUCGUGUCUGCUAUUGAUAUUUGCCAUUAAAGUCAUAUUGUUACAAUAAUGACAUUGGAAUCAUUUCCAUAGGAGGUAAUUUCCAUAGCAACUAAUCAUAGUGACACAAACAGAAUUAUGAAAUCAAGUGAGGAAUAAAUAGCAAAAGAAUGAAUACCUUAAAAAGGAA